AUGUCCGAGGUCGACCUCCACCGUUCUGAUAAGAAGAAAAAGAAGAGCAAGUCGAAGGAUACCGAGGCAACCAAUGAAAUAUCUGAUGGUGCCACCGCAGCCGCCGAUUACCUGAUCAAACCACAGAGCUUCACACCAGCUAUCGACACUUCUGAAUGGCCGAUUCUUCUUAAGAACUACGAUAGACUCAAUGUACGAACUGGUCACUACACUCCUCUCCCAUCGGGUUACUCACCUCUCAAACGUCCUCUUGCUGAAUACAUCAGGUACGGUGUUAUUAACCUUGAUAAACCUGCUAAUCCUAGUUCCCAUGAGGUCGUCGCUUGGAUCAAACGGAUCCUCCGUGUCGAGAAAACAGGUCACAGCGGUACUCUGGACCCUAAAGUCACUGGAAACUUAAUUGUUUGCAUAGAUAGAGCCACUCGUUUAGUUAAAUCCCAACAGGGUGCUGGAAAAGAGUAUGUCUGUGUUGCUCGACUCCAUUCCGACGUGCCUGAUGUAGCCAAAGUGGCUCGGGCACUAGAGACACUAACAGGUGCGGUUUUUCAAAGGCCACCAUUGAUUUCUGCUGUUAAGAGACAGCUUCGAAUUAGGACCAUUUACGAAAGCAAGCUCUUGGAGUAUGACGCCGAGAAGCAUUUGGUUGUGUUCUGGAUUUCUUGCGAGGCUGGUACCUAUGUAAGAACUCUGUGUGUUCAUUUGGGAUUGAUUUUGGGCGUUGGUGGGCAUAUGCAGGAGUUGAGAAGAGUUAGGUCUGGGAUAAUGGGUGAGAAAGAUAACAUGAUAACCAUGCAUGAUGUCAUGGAUGCACAAUGGAGUUAUGAUAACUACAGGGACGAGACUUAUCUCAGACGGGUGAUUAUGCCAUUGGAGGUGUUGUUGACUAGUUACAAGAGGUUAGUGGUGAAAGAUUCUGCUGUGAAUGCUAUAUGUUAUGGUGCUAAGCUGAUGAUUCCAGGUUUAUUGAGGUUUGAAAACGAUAUUGAAAAUGGAGAGGAAGUGGUGUUGAUGACUACCAAGGGGGAAGCCAUAGCUUUAGGUAUAGCAGAGAUGACUACUGCUGUAAUGGCCACUUGUGAUCAUGGGGUUGUAGCAAAGAUCAAGAGGGUGGUGAUGGAUAGGGAUACUUACCCUAGGAAAUGGGGGUUGGGUCCCACUGCUUCAAUGAAGAAGAAGCUGAUUUCUGAAGGGAAGUUGAGCAAACAUGGAAAACCGAAUGAGAAAACCCCAUCUGAGUGGGUUAGGAAUGUUGUUCUUCCUACUGGCGGUGAUUCAGUGGUUGCCAGUCUUGCUGCUGCCCCCGCACCUGAGCAGACUGUGGUGGAGGGUGCAGAGGGUGUGAAAGUUGAUAGUGAGAAGAAAAAGAAGAAGAAGAAACAUAAGGAUAGUGAAGAAGAUGGUGAUGAAGGGCGUAAAAGGAAAUUGGAAGAUGCAGAAGUUACAGAAACACCAGUGAAGAAACUGAAGGUUGAAGAAGAAGAAGAAGUUAUUAAAAAGGUGGAAGGUGAGAGUACGGAGAAGAAGAAGAAAAAGAAGAAGAAAGAGGCUGAUGAGGUGGAAGGUAAGCAAGAGAAUGGAGAUGAUGAUAAGUCUGAGAAAAAGAAGAAGAAGAAAAAGGACAAAGAAGCAGAAAAUGGUGAUGAUGAAGGAGAAGAAGGUAAAAGUGAUAAGAAAAAGGAGAAGAAGAAAAAGAAGAAGAAAGAUGGAGAUGAAGAGUAG